AAAUAAAUAAUAAUUAAUUCUCCUACUGUAUACAAAUUGAAUAUUAACAUAUUAUUGGAGAAUAAGUUGAAAGGAAUAAAAAAAAAAUGGGAAGGAAUUCUUCAUUGCAACUCAUUGUUUGCUUCUAUGUCCUACACUUGUUAACAUGGUUAAGGGUUCAAAGAUGCCACUGCUUAGUUCCCCAAAGGUCUAUUAUGAGCAUAGGUGGUGUUCUUGAUUUAGUUUCAUUAAUGGGAAAACAACAACAGAUAGGAAUGGAAAUUGCAGUGCAAGAAUUCAACAACCAUUUGGGUUUCCCCAAGAUGGAUUUGAAGAUUAAGGAUUCACAUGGGAAUUCAGCUCAAGUAAUUGCAAGUGUUAUGGAUCUCUCACAGAGCAACCAAGGGCUAGCCAUCAUUGGAACUAUUACACACAAUGAAGCAAAUUUGGCAAGUGAAUUCAGUGACACCAUAAAGAACAUUCCUAUUUUGUCUCUAACAUCAUCUGCGGUCAGACCAGAAUUAUUAUCUCCUAGAUUGCCACAUUUCAUCCAAGUAGGUAAUGAUAUUAACAUUCACAUGCAAUGCAUUGCAGCAAUUGUAGGAGAAUUUAAAUGGAAAAAGGUGACAAUAAUAUAUGAACUUAAUAAUGGGUUUUCCUCUGAUCCAGGAUUACUACUUAGCCUCUCUUAUUCUCUUAGACAUGUUGGUUCUGAGAUUGAAAACCACUUAGCUUUUCCUUCCUUAUCAACUCUUUCAGACCCAAAAACUACAAUUGAAAAUGAGCUUAAUAAGCUGAAAAAGAAGAGUAAUAGGGUUUUCUUAAUUGUUCAUUCUUCUUUAGAGAUUGCCAGCAUGGUUUGUGAGAAAGCAAAGCAAAUAGGUUUGAUGGAAAAAGGUUCUGUGUGGAUUAUCCCAGAUGAGGUUGCAGGCUUGCUUGAUGCAGUUAACUCUUCUGUUAUCUUGAACAUGCAAGGUAUUGUAGGAUUUAAAACACACUUCAUAGAAACGAGUGAGGCUUUUACAAAGUUUAAAUUCAAAUUCCAAAGAAGGUUUGCACUAGAAUACCCUGAAGAAGAUAACAUUCACCCAAGUAUCUUUGCACUUCAAGCAUAUGAUGCAACUUGGGCUAUUGUUGACGCUGCAAAUAAAUCAUCACAAAGUAAGUUCAGUCUUGAACAAUUCUCAGAAAAUAUUUUGUCAAGUAAUUUUGACAGACUAAGUGGAAAGACUUUAUCAAAGAAUGGGCAAUUGCUUCAACCGCCAUCCUUCAACAUAAUUAAUGUGAUAGGGAAAAGUUAUAGAGAAAUGGCGUUUUGGGCUCCAACAAUUGGUUUUUCCAAGAACAUUGUUAACCAUAAGAUAAUGGAAAUAAACUUAAAUAAUGAUUCUAGUGAAGUUUUUAGAACAAUUUAUUGGCCUGGAGGCUUGCAAUUGGUUCCGAAGGGUCACAAUAAUGAGGAAAAGUCAUUGAAAAUAGCUAUACCUUCCAAUGGUGCCUUUACUCAAUUUGUGAAUGUGACAUAUGAUCAGAGCAAAAAUGAAACUUCCAUCACUGGUUUCUCUAUCAGUGUCUUUGAAGCAGCUGUCAAACAUUUACCUUAUGAUUUACAUUACAAUUUUGUUCCCUUCAGUGGCUCCUACGAUGAAAUGGUUGAUCAAGUCUACAAUAAGACAUGGGAUGCUGCUGUUGGUGAUACAUCAAUAGUUGCAUAUAGAUAUCAUCUAGUGGACUUCUCACAACCUUAUGUUGAAUCUGGCCUCCACAUGGUGGUUACUGAACAACCAGCAAAAUCAAAAGAAGCAUGGAUGUUUUUGGAUGCCUUUACAAAAGAGAUGUGGCUGACAAUGGCAGCUAUGCAUAUUUUUGUAGGAGUUGUUAUUUGGUUGAUUGAACGAGAAGAAAAUGCAGAUCUAAGGGGAUUUGGCUCCAUUCUUUGGUUUUUAGUCACUGUACUAUUUUAUGCACAUAGAGAACCAAUAAGAAGACCAUUGGCUCGAACCGUGUUGGCGCCUUGGCUAAUUGCUAUUUUCAUUGUGACAAAUAGUUUCAUAGCAAGUUUGACAUCCAUAACUAUUGCACAAGUAAAGCCAUCUGUGUUAAAUAUUCAGACCCUUAAAGAAAGAAACUCACCAGUUGGGUGUGAUGGAAAUUCAUUUAUUGUGAAGCAUUUGACAGAAGCACUAAAAUUCAAGCCUGAGAACAUUAGGAAAAUAAAUUCCAUGAGUGACUACCUUGCUGCCUUUGAGAACAAGGAUAUAGAAGCUGCCUUCUUUGUCGCACCUCAUGCAAAAGUCUUUCUAGCAAAGUACUCAUGUAUGGGCCUCAUCAAAGCAGGGAACACUUUCAGGCUUGGUGGCUUUGGUUUUGUAUUUCCAAAAGGUUCCAGUUUGGCUGCCGACAUAUCAGAGGCACUGCUGAAUAUGAUAGAGAGUGGAGAAACAGAACAACUAGAAAAAAAUAUGUUGAAUGAGAUUGAGAAUGGAAACAAAGUCAAUUGUUCUUCUUUAGAGAGCAACAAGGGGAAAAGUAAUUCAUCAAUUGGCCUUCAGCCAUUCCUUGUUCUGUUUUCAAUCUGUUCUACUUUUGCUAUUAUUGGUUUUUUAUAUCACAUGGUUUGUUUGUUGGUGAAGAAUGUAGAGACCUUGACAAGCCAAAUAGUUGUAACAUUAACACAAUUAUGGCGAAUAUGGAGAUGGACAACCAAAUAUUUUUCUCGGUGUUGUUCGAAACUCCAAUCAAAGAUGAUGAGAAGAGUAAGCAGUUGCACAGAAAUAAGAAGUGCAGAGGAGAAUGUCACUAGUAAUAGUCAGCAUAGCCCAGUGAUGGUUGAGUUUGUUGAUAUAGUACUGGCUGCUCAUGCUUCAUGAAACUAUUCAUGUUUUAUACUGCUGUAAAAAUUAGUUUUUUACUGCCAAGUAGUUAAAGAUUUUGGAUACUCACUUUCCUUAGAUAGUAUGACGGGUGUUAUUGAUGUAAUGUAUCCAUCAUAUUUAGUCAUACAAGUUCUUUUUUGUUUUUUGCAAAGUAGUCAUACAAGCUCUUAAAAGAUCAAAACUA